CGGCGCGGGCGGCAGGCGGAGCUGGUCCCGUUGUGCUGCGGCUCCGCGCGGCCUGCAGUCCCGGGUCCGCGCCCCGCGCCGCCCGCCAGCGCACCCGCCAUGGAGCCCGGCCCCGACGGCCCCACCGCCUCCGGCCCCGCUGCCAUUCGCGAGGGCUGGUUCCGCGAGACGUGCAGCCUGUGGCCGGGCCAGGCCCUGUCCCUGCAGGUGGAGCAGCUGCUACACCAUCAGCGCUCGCGGUACCAGGAUAUCCUUGUCUUCCGCAGUAAGAGCUACGGCAACGUGCUGGUGUUGGACGGGGUCAUCCAGUGCACGGAAAGGGACGAGUUCUCCUACCAGGAGAUGAUAGCCAACCUGCCGCUCUGCAGCCACCCCAACCCUCGCAAGGUACUGAUCAUCGGGGGCGGGGACGGGGGCGUCCUGCGGGAGGUGGUGAAGCAUUCCUCUGUGGAGUCCGUGGUCCAGUGCGAGAUUGAUGAGGAUGUGAUUCAAGUGUCUAAGAAGUUCCUGCCGAGCAUGGCCGUUGGCUACUCCAGCCCAAAGCUGACCCUGCACGUGGGCGACGGCUUUGAGUUCAUGAAACAGAACCAGGACGCCUUCGAUGUUAUCAUCACGGACUCCUCAGACCCCAUGGGUCCUGCGGAGAGCCUCUUCAAGGAGUCCUAUUACCAGCUCAUGAAGACAGCCCUCAAGGAGGACGGGAUCCUCUGUUGCCAGGGCGAGUGCCAGUGGCUGCACCUGGACCUCAUCAAGGACAUGCAGCACUUCUGCAGGUCGCUGUUCCCCGUGGUGAGCUACGCCUACUGCACCAUCCCCACCUACCCCAGCGGCCAGAUCGGCUUCAUGCUGUGCAGCAAAAACCCGAGCACCCACUUCCAGGAGCCGGUGCGGACGCUGACGCAGAAGCAGGUUGAUCAGAUGCAGCUGAGAUACUACAACUCUGACAUGCACCGGGCAGCCUUCGUCCUGCCUGAGUUUGCCCGCAAGGCCCUGAAUGGCGUGAGCUGAGCCCACGUGCCGCCGCCAGCACCACCCAGGACCUCGGGCCAGGGAGCUCUGGACAAGACCCCCGCCAGCACACCCACCCACCGAGCGUCACAGGCCCCAGAAUGCUGCCCAGCCUGCCCCGCGGGCCGGACUGUCUGCCUCUCUCCGUGGCGUUCCGCCUCUGAGCCCGUACAGCCGCGUACAGCGCCGUCUCCGCCCUCUGUCACCCCUCACUCACCAAACACAUGUAUUUAUAACAAAGUUCUGAAUCCGUGUGUUCCCGGACCCUGCGUGGGCCCAGGCAGGGGUUGUCAUAGCCUUUAUCGGGCGUUUCUGAGUGCCAGGCUCUGAGCUGGACCCGGCGCUGGGCCUUCAAGUGUCUGCCACAUGCCCAUGCGACCUCAGACCGGCCCCUUGACCACCUGCACCAAGAAACACAGCUGUCAUCAAACUGGACCCCAAAUCUGUCCUGAGAAGCCACCUUAGCCAUUCCGUUACCCAGCCCCACCGCACAUGGUGGCAGACCCCUGGGGCCCGGGCCGUGGCGUUGACAAGGUCAAGGUGGGGCUGCCUCACAGUGUUUUUGGAGGAUCGGGAGGGUCGUUGGGUACAGUCCCAGGGUAGAGGUGGAGGUGGCUCCAGAGAGGGCUGGCUGCGUGGUUUGGGUGCAGGUUGCGGUGGCCUUUGAAGCGCAUCAGGUGCCCUCACUUGGCUGAGGGUUCAGGCUGGGGUUCAAAUCCUGCCUGCACCUCUCAGGUGCCCUCUGGUAAAUUCCUAGAAGCUCCCCGCGAGCCUUGAGAAGCUGAGGGAGCAGGUGUGGGUAGCCACACCAGGUCUAUGCCCUCUCCAUGGUGCUGAAGAGCCAGCCAGUGUCCCGGGCGCCCUGCCACGCCUGGGGACCAGGACUGAGUCUCAGGGUUGAGAGGAGCCACCCCAUGGGCCGCAGGUUGGGGGCGGGACCUCUAGCCCACUCCUGUCUCAGGAUUUGGUCACCAACCCCGAGGCGCUGCCAGAGGAUGGAUUAUCCCCAGCGGUUUGGGGGCAGGGAGGGGACAAGGGAGUGGCUCCAGCCUGGGGGUGAUGCCAGAACUCUCCUGGUCCCAACCCUACCCUGGACAGCUGCCUUGGGUGUCAGUCAGCAGGUGCUGGGACUGGAGUCCUCUUGGGGCGGGGGACAGGGAGCAUGGAGCCAGCUUUGCAGCCAGCGCCACCUUGCGGGGCGCAAGGCCAGCCACUCGCCCUUGGCUUCCACACCCUUAGGCCUCAGCCCCAUGACCUCAGUGCACUCGGAGCCUCAUGUGUGACCUUGGUCAGCAAGCCUGACCCUAAGCUAACGUCCCCAGCCCAAGUUCCUAUCCCGGAACAGUCUUGGGAGCCAAUGUCACAUGCGCCCCAGGGUCUUUCCACUCCCGGGGAGGCCAGAUGAAGCCCAGACUUGUCUGGGCUGCAGGGAGCAGCAGAGGAAGAUUCAGUAGCUGGAUGUGGAGGGCUCACCCACCCACCCCGAGCCCGCCUUUAACCUGGGCAACCACUUGUGAGGAAGGUACUAUCAACCUGCACAGGAACGUUAGGGAGCAUGCUAGGAAGCCGGCUGGGGCGGACAGGCCAGGUAGCUGGCCUUCCAAAAGCCACUCCCUCCUGCUGACCCCUGCCUGCCUCUGCAGCUCAGCCCAACACCGCCCGCCCCCCACCCCGCCCGGGCUCUGGCAGGGACACCCCGCCCAGAGGCCCUGCCGCCAGAGCCCCUGCUAUGUAAGCGGGUUCCAAGAAGUCCCAUCCUCAGGACAACCCAGGCAAGGGUGCUGGCAGGGAAGGUGGGCAGGAGGUGGAGGGGUCCCUCCGAGGCCUUGAGCCAUCCAUAGCUGCCGACCUGGUUACCCCCCCGGCCCCCUGCCGCCCCCCGCCAUCAAA